AUGGCGGCGCUCGGUGCGGCGGUGCCGCUGCUGCUGGGGCUGGGGCUGGGCCUGGGCCUGGGCCACGCGGCCCCGCCCGUGGUGCUGUGGCACGGCAUGGGUGACAGCUGCUGCAACCCCCGCAGCAUGGGCUACAUCCGCGGGCUGCUGCAGCGCCGCCUGCCCGGUACCUACGUGCUGUCCCUGCGCAUCGGCGCCUCGGUCCUGCAGGACGUGGAGAACAGCUUCUUCAUGAACGCCAACGACCAAGUGAGGGAGGUGUGCGGGCAGCUCGCCGCGGACCCUCACCUGAAAGGAGGCUACAACGCCAUCGGCUUCUCCCAAGGAGGGCAGUUCCUGAGGGCGGUGGCCCAGAGGUGUCCUUCCCCUCCCAUGCUCAAUCUGAUCUCCGUUGGGGGGCAGCACCAAGGCGUGUUCGGAUUUCCGCGCUGCCCCGGGGAGAGCUCCCACAUCUGCGACUGGAUCCGGAAGACGCUGGAUCUGGGCGCCUACACGCCGGCUGUGCAGGAGCAUUUGGUGCAGGCGGAGUACUGGCACGACCCUUUGAGGGAGGAGGACUACAGGAAGAGCAGCAUCUUCUUGGCUGACAUUAACCAGGAGAGGGGCAUCAAUGAGACGUACAAGAAGAACCUGAUGGCUCUGAAGAGGUUUGUGAUGGUGAAAUUUCUCAACGACACGAUGGUCGACCCGCCGAUCUCUGAGUGGUUUGGGUUUUACAAAAGCGGCCAAGCCAAGGAGACGAUUCCGCUGAGGGAGACGCCGCUGUACACAGAGGACCGCCUCGGGCUGCAGGAGAUGGACAAAGCUGGGAAGCUGCUGUUCCUGGGGGUGGAGGGGGAGCACCUGCAGUUCUCGGAGCAGUGGUUCUGUGCCACCAUCCUCCCCUUCCUCCAGUGAGCCUGGGGGGAGGCACCGCGGGGGAGCGCCCUGGGGGGCUCCCCGUAGUUAAUGCAGCUGCUGCUGUGCACGAGCACUGCUGGACAAGGCUGCAGGGAGAUGGGGGAAGGGGUGGGGGGGUGGGGAAAUGAAUCUCAGGGCUGAGCCCCGCACUGCUGCUGAAGCACUCAGUGCCCCAACCGGAGCAGUGGUCGGGCUGGGCAGGUGGUGACAGUGACAGAACCGAGCUGCUUGAGAGGUUUAAGUCCCAGCUCCCUGCUCCUCUCCAGAAGCACUGUCAGUAUUAACCAGGCACUAGUGCAGGAACGCAGCCCCUCCUGAGGGGAGAACCCAACACAUGUAGCUGUACACAGGGGAGAGAUCAGUCAGGCUGGGGAAAGAGACCACAUUUAUGGGUUCUGGGGAAAGGGGAGUUUUAAGUGGGUAUUAACAGCUUGAACCAUUUUCAACUAAUGGCUUCUUUUAUGCACUUUUGUACGACUGAAAUCAAUAAAGAACUUUACUUCUAACCACCUGA